AGAAAUUCGGUGUAUGGAAGAGGGUGAAAGAAGGGCGAAACCGGGAGAGAGAGGGCUCUAAAAAUACGCAGUGAGACGUCUUUGAGAGAGAUAGAGAGCUGGACUCGGAGGAAACGCAGAGGUCCUAAUGAGGGAAUGCCGAAAAGGAGAGCGGACAUACGGCCAGAACACCAGACAUGAGUCCGAGAUAUCUGUUGUUUCAGGUGGCGGACUGAAGACGAUGCUGGAUGCCAUGGAAGUUCCAAGUCAUGCUAGGGAUCUCCUCCUGCAGCUCAACAGCCAGCGAACCAAGGGCUUCCUGUGUGAUGUUAUCAUUGUGGUGCAGAACGCCCUCUUCAGAGCUCACAAGAACAUUCUGGCUGCCAGCAGCCUCUACUUGAAAUCUUUGGUGGUCCAUGACAAUCUCAUCAACCUCGACCACGAGAUGGUGAGUCCAGGGGUCUUCAGGGUCAUUCUGGACUACAUCUACACAGGCCGCCUUAAUGAGGGAGACCCCACUUCUCCCACCGAACCCAAUCUAGGCGCUGUCUUGGCAGCAGCCAGCUACCUUCAGCUGCUUGACUUAGUGGCUUUGUGCAAAAAGAAGUUGAAAAGAAAUGGCAAGUACCCUCCCCGCCCAGGUCCCGCAUUUCUGCCCUACCCAAAGAUGGGGCCCAAUAGUAUGGGUCUAGGGAGUGGUGGCAGGUAUAGGGUUUCUACUCCUGUCAUUCAGUCCUGCCCUCCAGGAGGAAUUUUGAAUAGCCAUGCAACCAGGGCACCACCACUAGAGGAGCUAGUUCCCCAUCGGCUAGCCCUUCAUGCUGGGGAGCUGUAUGCUCCCACCUCCACCCAGGGCUCUCAGGUGUUCCCAUCCUUGCAGUCAGCUCUGCCUGCCCAGCUUGGGCGCACAGCCCACACUGAGAGGAACUGCUCCCCCAACUACGGCCUUGAUCUCUCCAAGAAAAGCCCCAACUCCCAGUCUCAGCACACACCCUCUAACUCCCUUCUGGCAAACAAUCACAAUGAUGAGGAGCGAGAUGGGAAUCUGAGCGCUCGCACCAGUCCCAUGCAGGGGGCGAAUGGAAGGCCCUUCCCCUUAGAAAAAAUGGAGCUGACCGACCAGGGGAGCUCCCUUACUCCUCCACCUUUCCCUCAUCUCAACCAGUCUCUUGGCCCACACCUCCCUCACAUGCAUCGCUCGGGCUCCCAGAGCACAGAUCGCUACCCAUGCCCCCCCAGCCCUGACACCCCCACGGAAGGUGGAGAGGGAGGCAGAGAAAUGGGCAACAUCUACCGCUGGGUGAAACAUGAGCCAUUCACAGCUGAAGAUGAAGAUGAGGAUGAUGAUGAAGAGGAAGGGGGUGAAAAUGGAGACCAGCAUCAUAACCACCACAAGGCCGGGGAGGAGAGUGAAGGAGCAGAUGACAAGAGCGGGUCAGGCACAGAGGAGACAGGCAGUAGUGAAGGCCGCCCGUCACCUCCGGGGCCGAUGGGGAGGUUCCACAUGCCGUAUGAGCCAGAGAGCUUCGGGGACAAUCUGUAUGUCUGCAUUCCAUGUGACAAAGGCUUCCCGAGCUCAGAGCAGCUCAAUGCACAUGUGGAGACACACACGGAAGAAGAGCUGUAUGGCAACUCUGGUGGAGAGAUGGGAAACAGCAAUAAUAGCAGCACCAAAAACAUGAGCAGUAAUACAAAUGGUUAUGGGAGCCUGAACAGCAGCAACAGUUUGAACAGUCUGUCCCAUCUGGAGACCAAGUCUAGCCAGGGGUUGGGUUCAGGGGGCAUCGGGGAGAUGAUGCGGCCCUACCGCUGUUCAUCCUGCGAGAAGUCCUACAAAGAUCCAGCCACUUUGCGCCAGCAUGAGAAAACACAUUGGCUGACCCGGCCUUACCCCUGCAGCAUCUGUGGCAAGAAGUUCACCCAGCGCGGCACCAUGACACGCCACAUGCGUAGCCACCUGGGCCUUAAACCUUUUGCCUGCGACUCCUGUGGCAUGCGUUUCACCCGGCAGUAUCGCCUCACGGAGCACAUGCGCAUCCACUCAGGGGAGAAGCCCUACGAAUGUCAGGUGUGCGGGGGAAAGUUUGCUCAGCAGCGCAACCUCAUCAGCCACAUGAAGAUGCACAGCAGUGGAGGGACUGCAGGGGGCCUGACCACAGAUGGGAAACUGAAGCUGGACUUUGCCGAGGGCAUUUAUCCUCUCAGUAAAUAUGCAGCAGAGCAUCUGGGGCUGAAGCAAGAGAAGGCCAAUGAGCUUCUCAUCCAAGCCCAACAGCAACUGGUAGCUGAUGCAAAGGCCAUUGAAAGCCUUUACCCACUGUCCAAACUGGCCUCGGAGCACCUGGGCCUCACUCACGACAAGAUGGAUGUCCUGGGCCAACCCCUCCCUCCUCCCCCACAGGCCCUCUCUGAAGCCCGCACCAUUGACCGCUACUCACCCAGCUAAGACCACAUGACCUGUAUAAAUAGCGAUCACCAAUAGGUCUGUGUGCACACACAAUUUGCAGUAUUCAAAAGCCAUUCACCUCAACUCAGUAUCUCCUCUGCACCUCGGACUCAGGCCAAAAGGAAUUGGUCUACUUAUGCGCACCAAAAUGUGCCUUUCUAUACAUCUAAUGUGUCUUAAAGUCCUUCAUAAAGGACCUCUUUGCUAUUCUGUGACCAAGAGACACUCACUUAAAGUACAGUAUUUAUGUGCAGUGUAUGCAAACGAACAGUUAAAAAAAUUACAGCCAUUGAGCCAAAGUGACAAAUUGAAAACCAAAAUGAAAUUGUUUUAUUUAUUUUUGUAUUAUGGUGAAAUCCAAAGAGAAACUGUUGCAAGGACACAUUGCUAUCUGACCCUAAACCUGUGUACAAAAACUUGUGUACAAAACAUGAAAAAGCACAUAAGGACAAGAUUCAGGGUUUCAGUCCAGACCUGAGCGGAACUUUUACCAAAUGAAUAAGCCAACUCUUUUGGACUUUAAAGUAAUGGGAAGAUGGAUAUAUUUUUUCUUUUUUUUCUGUUUUUGGGGUACUGGACAAUUUAUGUAUCUCACUCUCCAGCUUCCAAAUCAUGCUCCUGCUUCCCAGGUCGCAAGGAAAUGACUGAACCAUAAGAGCAAUUGCUUCAACAUUUUGGUAAAGUCUCCUCUGCUUUAUUUUCUCCACAUUUCUUCAAGUAACCCACUCUCCCACAUAAUUGUGCGGAUAAAGGCUCAUACUAUGUGACAGUAAUGGUAGCUUAAUCAGCCUUAAAGUUAGCGUGUAACCCUUCUCGAGCUAAAACUUCCUUUGCAUUUUGACAAACAUCCUUAAGCUUUCAGUUGUUGCUGAGAUGCAGUAAGCACAGCCCUGUGAUCUCAUAACUGGGACAUGAUUGCACAUACCCAACUGAUGACACACUAAUCCCUGUUCAUGAUGAGUGUAGCUUCAUCUCAUGGUGUAGAUGAAGCAUGGGUUUAACCUCUGACAUUCUAUAAUAUUUUACAAUUGUGAGUGCAGCCGAGCAGAGAGGCAGGCACCAGGCCAGAAUUAAUGACACAGAAAUCUGUCAUUUAUUGUCAAGAGAGGUUGCUCCAUUCAGAUUGUGAUGAUUAAUCAUGUUGUGGCAGUAGUCAGAUGCCGUGUUACCGCCCCACUGUCCGACCUCUCAUUUCACCUCCCUCCCUUGUAGUCUGUUGUCUGGGAGCCCUGCUACUGUUGACAGUACUAAGUGAGUGCUGUAUUUAGCCCUUUGCCUUAAAAACGCUCCACACACAAAUACGACCCUCCCUCCACACACACAUAGGGAGCUGCUAAUCUGUCCCUGAUAUGAACACAAGAAGGGGUUUGUGGGUCUUCCCUGGAAGCCAGCGGGUGAACAGCACACUCCAGCUGCUGUGCCUCAGUAAUCCCUGUGAAAUCUCACUUUCUCCUGGACAAUUCGCACUGCUCGCCAGCAUGAUGUCCCAUUUCAUGCCUGCCAUCUUACCCCUCUGAUCCACUUAUUAACAUCAUGUCCGAGCCUAGCAAAUGUCUCCUGGUCUCGCCUCCCUUCCCCACUGAUAUCAAACAUAGAAACAAAGAAUGGCAUAUUUCUGUGUUGGCUGACCAGCAGUUUCCUACCGGCGUGAAAACAAAACAACACUUAAAGGUUGCGGGUAGAUGGCACAUUUUUGUCUUUCAAUGUUUAUUCCAAAGAAUAUGCUGGCCUUUUCUUUUUUUUCUUUUUCCACUUUUACUUGUCCUUGAUUCAGAUUAGAAAUGUCUGACCACUAUAGCGCCAAUGUCAACCUCAGUGGGUGAAUGUGAAGACUAAAGCCAUACAUACACUGUGAUAGACGGAGUGAAUCUUAAAGGCUUAAAAUACAUAGACAAUGUACCUGACUUUUGGGAUUGUUUUUUUUAAAUGUAACAAUAAUUUAAGGGUUUCUUCUCUGUAGCAUAUGAUCAUAUCAAAAAUGUUGUCUUCUGUCACUUACUUUUCUUUAUUUUGAUUUUAACUGAAAGCAGCGCACGUGAAACUGGUGCUUACCUCAGGACUGAACCCAGCAUGGGGACGCUAAGCUUUACUAAACCUUCGAGUAAAAAUGUCAACACACACACACACACACACACACACACACACACACACACACACACACACACACACACACACACACACACACACACACACACACACACACUUAUGUAAAUGUUCUUAUUAACAGGGCAGUUGUCCUGUGUUAAACCUGUGGUUAUUUCUGUGCUUAUACAUUUCUUGUUACAGUUUUAUGGUGGAGAGAUAAUAUGUGAUAUUAACAUUUUUUUGUUUUUAUUGUUACUAUGCGGUAUACAUUUUCCAUUGUAUUGUCCUCAAAGAGGCUCGUGUCGUUCUGACCAAUUCCAUUAUUAUAAGGCAAAGUCAUAUUGGUAGUAUCUUAACUGGCUGUUUGUGAAUUUCUGAACCACACUUUAGUGAGCAUGAUGGCAUUGAGCUCUGGUUUCAACCACACAUACAGUAAAGUCUAGAUGAUUAGUGUAGUGUUUUGAAAUGUCUCCACAAGACAUGAUGUGUUAUACUUCCCUAAACAGAAGAGCAGUGGCUUUGCUGGGCAAGUAUGGAAUCUAGCCUUAUAUUGUUUGACCCUUUUCUCCAGAGGUUGGUGAACUUUCAACGAAAGUCAGACUGAGGCCAUACAUGCACACAAACACCCAGGAAGCCAGCUUGUUUUGGAUGAUGCUUCAAGUUUUGGGAUUCUUUUAUUUAGCUCUGUAACAAAAAAGAAAGCACAGCUUAAAUGAAACAAAUAUUAACAGUAAGAACAAAUGUGCAUACGUGUUAAAAAUGUAAGAACAGGCGGAUGUCAGUCGUGGGAAUUUCAGUCCCCUCGCUCCCUCUCAUUCACUAGUUUAAAUGAAAAUCUGUCUCCUCUUUUCCCCUGCCUUCCACCAUUAAAAUAACACAAAGUCUUUCCACUGUCACUCCAAAUCUGUGCAGGAGGGAAGAGCAAGAUAAUGCUUACACAGUUCUGUAGGAUGUGCACUUUUUGAAAUUUGCUUAAUUGCAUCAAUGUAUGACAGACAGAGGGGGAGGGUUGUGUAUCUAUUGACAGGGGAAGCGUUUGCUUGUCUGUUUGUAUGUCCCUAUGCUAUUUGAGCGUAUGAAGGGGUGUUAAUGCAUGUCCUGGGAAUAGGGCUGGUGUGAAGGAGAAGAGCUGAGGAGCAGGAAGUGAACUUUUGGCUGGUGUGUUGCAUUGAGCAGGAUGUGCAGUGUGUUUCUGCUCAGAGGCAGAUAGAGAGACGGAGAAUGGGGAGGGAGAGGUGCACGGAGAACGCAGCAGGGUGGACUUGAGCCAUUGUCUUAGUAUGAAAGCCUGUUCAUACUUCUAAAACUCUCCAUUCAGAAAACAAGUAGACUGUAUCUUCUCUUUUCCUUCCCCUUUUUGCUCUUUGGGAAUAAGCCUCUGCUCCGUAUCAUGGUGAUACGACAUUGUGGACUUGUGAAGGGCUGCGCAGUAAUUUUUUUGCCAUCCUUUUGGUCACAGGAAUUCAUUACAAUAUUUUCUCCAUAUUAAGUAAAUUUUUAAACAUUUGUGGAGCAGUGCUGAUCAAUAUGAAGGGCCUAGAAACUUUAAUGUAAAUCAUAAUUAAAAAAAAAACAAUAGUAUUUCUUUUGCUCUGUGGUUGAUUCAGUUUUACAAGAGUCUUGUUUCAAUUUACUGAUGUAGCCACUCACCCCAUGGGGUUUUAUGUCAUAUGCGUUAUGUUAUUUAUAUGUCACACCAACCCAGAAAACCUCUCAUUGCCACCAGAGUAGUUAAGAUGAAGAUGUUUUGAAAGUAAUAAAAUUAGGCAUUUAAAACUUUAUUAGUUACAUUAAUUUAUAUAAUGAAAAUUGAUAAAUACAAAUAUAAAUGAGUGCAGUAAGACAAACCUCCAACUAUGAGAUGGGGGUUGAUCUUUUAAUUUAAUAAAAAUUUUUUAGGGCCAUUUCAUUCCUUUCUAAUGUUGUUAUGGCAAUCAUCCCAGGCCCGUAACUUUUAUAACACUAACAACAUCGAAAUAAAAAACGAUCUAGAUGAGUGACCCUGUGUAGACCAAAAAAGGGUUUAGGUUUUAUGUAAAAAAAAUGCUCAGUAUGCCUUAAAGCUUUCUACCAGCGGCAGCAGGCCAGGGUCACCUAUGUGACUCUGACAGGCUGAAUAGUUCUGAUCUGCAAUCAUACCGCUGUUUGACAUUUAUUGUAUUUCACGAUGUGUGCCAAAAGGACUGAAGCACUUAGCAGACAUCGCAGAUGCUCAAAACAAAACUCAGCGACAAUCUUUGUAGUUUCGACGGGUUGAAUUGUCGAGCUAAGCUUCUGACCAACUUGGACUUUGCCUGGUUAUGAAAGCCAUUAUCUAUGUGGUUAAUCAUGAGAGCACAGUGCAGACAUGCCACUAUUGUCCAGUGUACAUAUUUCUUUUUAUGAGGACUCAUGUUUAAAUGUAAGCUAGAACCAAAUAUUACUAAUAAUCAAGCCUUAUAAUGGUAUUAAAACCAAAAACUGACUCAUAAGUCAACCAUUACAAACGUGCCUUCAGUGUAACAAGCAUUGAUGAUUCUGCAAUAACUUAUUUGUGUGUGAGUGUGUAGGUGUUCUGAUUUGUCAUAGUGCACCUGUCCAUCUACAUGUAUAAGUGCCUUUCCCACAGUGUAGCGGGGUAAAGUACAAGGGAGAGAUCUGACACUUUCAAGAGUCUUUAUUACAAGCAGCUGCUUUAGAUUUAUUUCCCCAAACUGCACUUUUCUGGAAAAAUCAUUGUAUUGUGAUUUUUUAUUACUCUUAUGAUCCCCUAGAAGUCCCACAAUUGCCUUUCCUCUGGCACUUUGCUUCCUUCGCUUUCCUCCUCUUCCUCCCUCAAGUGCAGAGCUUGGCCACACUUGUUCACCGCCCUUGUUACCUCAAAGCAUAGCUUCCAUCCUCACCUCUCUCUGUCCCUUCUCUCUUCUUACACUCAACACAAACCGCUGACCUACAGCGCCCGGUGCCUCCCUCCUCUCCCAUGAUCCACUUACUUCCAGCUGUUUUUCAUGCUGAAGAAGACAGUUGUCUAAAUGUUUAUGUGAAGAGCUACUUUCUUUUUCUUUAAGCCCUGAUCAAUUUCCAAAAUGAACUUUGUGGCAUGUGUUAAAAUACAGCAGAUGAUGGGCCAAAUAAAAAAGUCUGACAUCGUUA